GAAUGGCAAAGACUGGGGAGCGACGUCCAGCUUAACCGUCGAGAUGCAGAAGCUAAUGAAGAAAGAGCCUGUCAAGCAGAAGCCCCAGCAGCAGGCGAGGAAGUUCGGCAGGGUGCGAACCCGAACCCGAGCCAUCAAAGUGCUCGACGUUGCGCUCGCAGAGAUUUCGGAGGACAGAGAGGCUUCGGUGGAAGGGAGCUUCGAUUUUAUCGUACCUGCGGAGGACGUAAAGAUCACAAAGCGAGAGCGCCUGGAGCUAGCAACGAUGCUUGACAAGAGGGAAGGGGCCGAUAGUGCCGGGAAGGGAUCUAACUUUUUGGAGAACUUUCCCAUCAUACUCAUCAGCACCACCCUCACUUUGUUCACCUUCUCCACGCCACGAUACCAAUGCAGCUCCCUCUCAUCUGGGGGAACCGACGUUGACACAUCCUGCAACCAGCCAGGCACCCGGACGGAGAUGAAGAGUCGCCUGCAAGAGCAGGUCAAGAAGAAGGGGUUCCUCUAUCCCAAGGGGCUGCUGAAGAAUGAGUGUUCCGCAGCCAGGCCAGAGUUCCUCAGCGCGGACUUUCUGAAUCGGCGUGACAACACUGGCAUGGACGCACCAGUGGCCUUUCGUGGUUGCUUGUCCAACCGAAGGAUCGAAGCUCGCGUGACCGCGAGCUUCUGGAGUUUUGAGCUAAGGGGCGUGAGGGUGGCCAGGGAAGCCGGGCCCAGACAGGGUGCAGCUCCUGGCAAGACAAGACAUGAGCUAUUGACCAUCACGAUUACCGGUAGGGCGAGUGAUAGCAUUGACAUAGAGCAUUCGAACAUGUCUUUCAUCCACCAUGCGGCUUUGGCACAUACUGAUCAGGACACGCCAUGCUCGGCGGUUGAGCACUCAGCGGCAGGUGGUGGCCAGUUCAUAUACGAAGCACUGCAGAACGCCGAGGACACCGACAAAGCCACACGCUUCUGCGCCGUCUUGGAUCUCACACAUCACGCAGAUGUGGAGAUGCGAGGCGAAGGUGGUGAGUGGAGGAAGCGGCUGCAGGGUCCAGCCAUCGUCUUCUACGACAACGGUGGCUUCAAAGAUCAAGAUUGGGACAGCUUGCAGAAAAUCUACGACAGCAAAAAGAAAUCCUCACCGAGUCAGGUGGGCAAGUACGGCAUGGGCUCCAGAUCCUUCUUCCACAUUGGAGAUAUUAUGCAAAUUGUUUCUGGGUCCAAGUACGCCAUCUUGGAUCCAGAUGAGCGCGUCUCAGCACCUAAACAGUUUGGUGACCAAGUCGACUUUGUCAGCGACAGCUUUGGUGACGAAGGGAGGUGUUUCCGGGAUGCUUACCCAGAUGAGUGUGCUCCAUUCCUCGGACUGUUCGGGUGCACGAUGAAAGUGCCUCUCAGAUUGGCGGAGUGGGCAGAUGAGUCCAGUUUCAUGCCGGAGGCUUUCGACGAGUCAAGAGCCUGCGCCAUUUUUGAGGAGUUCGAGGCGGCUGUUUCCACUGGAGAGUUCGCACUUUUCUUGAGUCGUCUCUCCGACAUCGAAAUCUUCCGGCGAGAGAUGGACACGGGCCUGAGGCUCACUGUGACAGGCACGGACGAGAAGCGGUGGCUCAGGUUCGGGAGAUUCUUCCGUCCUGACAGCGAGAGACUCCAGGAGGAGGUGCCCUUCGCCUGCCUGGCCGCACCAAUUGGCGGAUUGGUCCUGAGUGACAACCGUCGAAGCUUCUGGCGUCUCGAGGGCGACCUCGAGGGCCAGCACACCGCCUGGGCGGAAUGGAACGAGCACGUUCUGCAGCAAGUGCCUAGGGAGGAGGUGAUGAAGUUCACAGAAGAGGAACUCUACCGACUCUGGCCUGGGGCAGCGAACAAGCACAACGUCGAGGUCUUCUAUGAGCAUUUUGUCCUCAAGAUCAAGGAGAGGAAGGUUCUCUUUGCCGAUGGCAGGCUUGUUUCUCCGACGGAGGCCAUUCUCCUGUCCACUCCGACGGAGGCCCUGCAGGGAUGCCGGAGGAUGCUGGAACGGUCCUGUUGGGAUGCUGGGCACAACUUGGUCGAGAUGCCCGAGCACGUGGAAGAUCUGCUGAAGGAGUAUGAUGCGAUUGACUGCCGGGAUUGCCUGUGGGCAUUCGAGGAGAUGAACUUCAACUCCGAGAUGAUGUCGAAGCUGUCUGACUUGCUGCAGCGCGCAAAAUGGAUUCCAACAUCCUGCGGAAAGCUUGUCUCCAUUCCGGAUGCCUUUGAUCCCUUUGCGACUUUGCCAGAUCUUGCGGCGGUAAAGAGGAUCUGGGAUGCACUCCGCUACUGUGGUUUGAAGCGCCAGCUGACAUGGAAAGAUGCUGCGGUGGAGGCUCAGCUUGCAGCAGAAAGCUGCGACCACAGUCGUGCGAAGCUUCUCUUCGCAUACUUGGAGGACAGCCACCAGAAGAUGGAGAAAGAAGAGGAGCAGGAGAGCUUGAAGGUGCUGCAGACUGCAGCCUGGGUCCCGGCAUCCGCGCCGCAGCAGCCGGAAGACAGGCUUCUGGGGCGUAAUCCCGACAUGCAGCUGAGCGCCCUUUCGGAGCUCUUUCCGCAAGCUGACUUGGGCGUGGUUUGGGCAGUAAAGGACGAGCCCAGCAUCUUGAUUGAGCAGCUGAAGGCUUGCGCCAGGGCAUGCCCGGAAAUGGAGAUCGCAAGAGAGGGCCCGGAGCAGUAUCCGCGUCCACGCCGGGUGCCUGAAUCACUCUGGCAUGCACUGCGGGAGCUCUUCAAAGCCAUGGUUCUCCACAAGAACAGUAUUCAGGAGGAGCUGCAGGAGGUGGGUUUCCGAGAAGCUUGCAUUCCGUGCCUGGCAGCGGACUCGGAGUCGUUGGCUUCAUUGUACGCCUUGCCCUGCGUGGCCCUCACAGCGAAGAGCAGUGCGGAAGUCUUGGCCCCGGCGGUUGGGCUCCUGCAUCCGGACGAGGACGUGAAGCAGCUCGCGAAGGUUUGGAAAGUUGCCCCGAAACCUCCAAACUCCGUGCUGGCGAAUUUCUCGCCACAUCUGGGACUCGAGAAGGCGGCUGCUUUCUGCACGGAGCUCGCAAGCUGGCUGUCUCUGUCUCGGAGGGAAUUCUUCGAGAACCUCAGGGUCCCCACCAGCAGCGGAAGGCUGCUCUCGCCAUCGGAGGUGUAUAUAGAUGAUGCGCAGUGGACGAGCAGCCGAGAUCUCGAGACGGUGAGCUCAGCAAUAUCGCCCAAGCACGCCCGGCUCUUGGGAUGCACCUCCAUCAGGGACAAGCUCGCUGAAGAGUGUGAAGAUGCUACCGACGAGGAUGGCUUUGGACAAGAAGCUGAUUUGGUCGAUCAAGUGAAGCUACUCUUGGACGACUACAGUUCACAGAGUGAUGUGGUCGCUGAGUUUUUCCAGAAUGCAGAUGACCAUGGUGCAGAGUCCCUGACUUUCAUCCUCUGCGAUCAGCAGCAUCCAGAUGAGAAGAUCGUGGACGGGCGCUGCAAGGGCUUGCAGGGGCCGGCACUCUACAUUUGCUCUGACAAGGAGUUAUCUAACGAGGACAUCAGGCAUAUGCAGCGGGUGGGUCGAUCUUCCAAGCGCUGGGACUUCCGCUCCACAGGUCGUUUUGGCAUCGGGCUGAAUGUCAUGUACAAGUACUCUGACUGUCCGCAGUUGCUGGCGAAUGGCUACUUGCAUUUUUUCGAUCUCAGCAGAUGCUUCGUAGCCAGAGACGGACAACGCCGUGGCAAGAGGUUUCAGGUAGAGAGGCUGAAGGACCGCUUUCCUGACACGCUCGCCCCCUUCAAAGGGCAGUUCGAGAAGUAUGCGGUGGUGUUUCGACUGCCCCUGCGAGUAGAAAGAUCCGAAUUGGCCGAGAAGUGCUCCUACGGAGAUGCGGAGAGAGACCUCCGGUCGGUCGCAGAAGGAGCUGACUCCAUGCUCUUCUUUGCACAGUCCAUCAAGAGCCUGUCUUUCAUUGCCAAGGAGUGCACGAUUGCGAGGCACUCGGUGACAUUUCCAGAAGAAUCGGACGAAGACCUGCUGGAGAACUUCCUGACAACUCUUCCGGAUUCGAAGGACGAAGCCACAGGCGAAGGAGAAGACCGCCAGCUGACCGUCGUGAAGCGCUUGCGGAGUGACACAGGCACACCAGCGACAACACGGCAGCGAGACUGGGUGGUCGCUUACACACUGAAGCUAUCUUCGCAGAGGUUGCGCAUGCUGAGCCGCGACAUUUACGAAGAGGUGCAUGGCUCCGCGCUGCUUCCUAUGGGGGCGGCAGCAGCACCCUUGCUUACCAGCGAAGAGAGCUCCGGGCGUCUCUGCUGCGGGCUGCCGACUCCUUUAGCGAAAGUUCCAGUGGCAGACAGCAUACGACUUCUGCUACUCAGGUGCCGCGAUCACGUGGAGACUUCUGACCACGUGCCAGAGUUUUUCAAGCUCCUACCCCUCCAAGAAGGUGUUUUUCAGCUCAUCGCCGAGGCGGCGAUGAGGGCAGUGUUGGCAGAUCCAAUCUUCCCGGUUUUGUCACAGCAAGGCAGAAGCGACCGCGCCGCUGUUCGUGUUUGGGUGAGAGGCCCAAGCAUUCUUCUCCAAACCAAGCGGCUUUCCGAGUCGAUCCAGUUUCGCCUGGCUUCUGAUGGCCUUGAAAUUGUGUCUUUGCCAGAAGCAGUGCGUGAGCUCUAUGCAAAAGUUGCGGAUGAGAUACAGGAGCUGAAUGCAGACAGCCUGUGCAGGUUUUUGCAGGAAGCAUGGGCUACUAAACACCCCGACUCUCAGCCGGUGCAGGUGUCACAGGCAGGGUUCGCGGCACUCUCCAAUCAUGGGGAUGCUUGUGCUCUGCUGUCCUUCGUCGUGAAAGACGCAUGGGAGAAUGACUUAGAACAGGGAUAUUACAAGACCACUUUCACAUGUGCACAGCUCCGCGACGUUCCAUUGAUGGUGACGGGGGACGACGAGAUCUGCACCUUCGAUGACGGGGCCCCGAAGUGGCUUGGCCCGCAAACACGCGCUAGGUCCAGUUCGCUCAAGAGGAUAGAAAACCUGCAUGCCCUGCUGUACCACAUAAUAAGGUUCUCCGCUGGCCGAGACCUUCUCCCAAACAACCCCGGCCUCUUCGUCCACAGUGACAUAAUGGAAGUCUUCCGCACAGCAAAUCUCACCCAGCCAGGGGUUUCUCGGAGAGUGUCCAUGAAGCCGGUGGGCGUGCAGCCUUUCACUCUUAAUGAUCUACUGAAGCACAGAGAGCAGAUCGAAAGUCAAGUUCUGCAGCUUGGGCCCAGCUACCGCGAGGAGCUGUGGUCAUUCUUGCGCAGAGUUCGCCGCUUUUCAUCCGAUUGGUUCCAGCGGCUGGGGGACUGGCGCAUUCUGCCGGUGGAAAGCCCGAAUGAUAGCCUUGAGCUCGUGCCCUUAAGUUCAGCUCGGCAAUCGGUCAGGGCGGGAGAGUAUGAGCAUUUGCAGGAGGUGCUCGAGAAGUGCAGCAUCCACACUUUGCAGACAGGGUUUCGCGACGAUCUCGUGAGCGAUUAUUUGGUGUCGGAGGAUUCCUCAUGA